GUUCCCCUCCCCCGACAGUUGACACCUGUCAAAACUUUGUCCAUUUAUUUUUUUUCUUGAGUUUCCUCGUCAACUUCUCACUGAAAAUUGUAUGUCUGAGAGUGAAAGCGAGUUCGAGUCGGUGUCGGAAAAAACGAGACUGAUGGACGGCCAUGUGGAAACAAACGGAAGCGGAAAUUCACUUACAGGGGAUUCUAGGGUAGGUCCUGAGGGUUCUCGCAAGCGGCGGUCGCGAAGAAUCCCAGAGGAGGAGGACGACAAUGUCCCCGAGACCCGUGUUGUGGACGGUAGUACAAAUAGAAAUUCACCUAGGGAGUAUCAAAAUGUUGCUGAAUUCAGAGACGAAGAAGAAGAGUUAAAAUAUGGAGCCAAACACGUAAUUAAGUUAUUUGCCCCCGUGUCCCUGUGUAUGGUAGUCGUGGUGGCUACCAUAAGCGCUGUGAAUUUUUAUUCAGUUAAAGAUAUGUAUUUGGUUUACACACCAUUUCAUGAAGAAAGUUCAGACACAAGCACCAAAGCGUGGAACGCGGCGGCAAAUUCAUUAAUUUUAAUGGCGGUUAUUGUGGUUAUGACUGUAUUGUUGAUCGUCUUGUAUAAAUAUCGUUGCUAUAAAACCAUACAUGGGUGGUUAAUCUUGUCAUCUUUAAUGCUUCUUUCAGUAUUUUCAUAUCUUUAUUUGGAAGAAAUUCUAAGGGCAUACAACAUUCCCAUGGAUUAUCCAACAAUAGUUUUAUUGAUGUGGAAUUUUGGAGUCAUGGGCAUGAUUUGUAUUCACUGGCAAGGUCCAUUACUUUUGCAACAAGCGUACCUCAUUUUUGUUGCCGCUCUUAUGGCUUUAGUGUUCAUUAAAUAUCUCCCAGAGUGGACAACAUGGGCUGUGUUGGCUGUAAUUUCAGUUUGGGAUUUAAUUGCUGUUUUAAUGCCUAAAGGACCUUUACGGAUUUUGGUGGAAACAGCUCAAGAGCGAAAUGAACAAAUUUUCCCCGCUCUCAUUUACUCCUCAACUUACAUGUACACUUACACAAGUAUGGCCACCAGUGAUGAUACUCCUCCAACAGUAGCAACGUCCCGUUCUUCAGUGGAAUCAAACAGUGAAGAACAUGGUUUUACACAAGACUGGGUCGAAAAUCAUUCUAACAGAGUUGCUCAACGACAAAUAGAAGUACAUGAUGUUCCUAGAGGGGCCCCGCGGACACAAAUUCAUCAAGAAGAAGAAGAAAGAGGUGUCAAACUGGGCCUGGGGGAUUUCAUUUUUUAUAGUGUUCUGGUUGGUAAAGCAUCGUCGUAUGGAGAUUGGAAUACCACUUUGGCGUGUUUUGUUGCCAUCCUCAUUGGACUCUGUCUUACUUUACUCUUGCUGGCAAUUUUCAAGAAGGCGUUACCUGCACUUCCCAUUUCUAUUACAUUUGGUCUGAUUUUUUAUUUUGCUACCAAAGAAAUUGUUAGUCCGUUUGCUGACAGUCUAGCAAAUGAACAAGUAUUUAUUUAGCUACUUAUUAAAACCGUUAAGUAAAUAAUUUAGACUAUCAGAUUCAUUUUCUGUAAUUUUAUUAAUAAAAUUAAUAUUUCGUA